UAUGGGAAGAUAAGAAAUUAGAAAGCACGUUAAAGCGAAGGUGGUGGCAUGAGCAUUUGCAUUUCCCUCCUCCAUGACGCUAGUUGCUUCAAUUUCUCCUCCUCGUGUUGCAUUACAUUGAGGAAGAGUGUUAUAUGUUUCUGAUCCUGAAACGGUACCGUAGCAAGAGUUAUAGCUAUUAUAGGUAGUAGCGUGCGUGGUUGAUCAAUGAUUUGAUCAGAAUUGUGAUCGUGGAUCGAAGCAAUGUUCAAAUUCUUGAAAGAGGUGGUGGCUGGAUCUGGCACCGGCCUCAAAGAUCUUCCGUACAAUAUCGGUGAACCUUACGCUUCUGCUUGGGGCUCGUGGCUUCAUUUUCGCGGCACCUCCAAGGAUGAUGGUGCUCCAGUGUCAAUAUUUUCUCUGUCUGGGAGCAAUGCUCAGGAUGGACAUUUAGCUGCGGGUCGUAAUGGUGUUAAGCGUCUACGCACUGUUAGGCAUCCAAAUAUUUUAUCUUUUCUUCACAGCACAGAGGUUGAAACUGUUGAUGCUGGUUCUCCCAAGGUUACAAUUUAUAUGGUGACCGAGCCUGUGAUGCCGCUGUCAGACAAGAUUAAGGAGCUAGGUCUUGAAGGUAGCCAGAGGGAUGAAUAUUAUGCUUGGGGCCUGCAUCAAAUAGCAAAGGCUGUGAGCUUCUUAAAUAACGAUUGUAAACUGGUUCACGCUAAUGUUUGCUUGGCAAGUGUCGUUGUCACACAAACUUUGGACUGGAAACUCCAUGCUUUUGAUGUUCUAUCAGAGUUUGAUGGGAAUAACGAAACUUCCUCUGGGCAAAUGCUGCAAUAUGCAUGGCUUGUUGAAGCACAAUACAAAUCAAUGGAACUGGCAAAAUCUGACUGGGCUGGAAUUAAGAAGUCUCCUCCUUGGGCCAUUGAUUCUUGGGGCAUGGGUUGUCUUAUCUAUGAGCUAUUCUCUGGUUUAAAGUUGGGCAAAACGGAGGAGUUACGCAACACUGUCUUCAUUCCUAAGUCUCUGCUUCCAGAUUACCAGCGGUUGCUGAGUUCUACACCCUCUCGUAGAUUAAAUACAUCAAAGCUUAUAGAAAACAGCGAGUAUUUUCAAAAUAAGUUAGUAGACACGAUUCAUUUCAUGGAAAUUCUUAGUUUGAAAGAUAGUGUUGAGAAAGACACUUUCUUCCGCAAGCUUCCAAAUUUGUCAGAGCAACUUCCUCAGCAGAUUGUGUUGAAAAAGUUGCUUCCUUUAUUAGCUUCUGCACUUGAAUAUGGUUCAGCCUCUGCCCUGGCUUUGACUGCAUUGUUGAAAAUGAGUUCCGCACUGUCAGCUGAGGAGUUCUGUGUCAAGGUGCUUCCAACCCUUGUUAAGCUUUUUUCAUCAAAUGAUCGAGGUAUUCGAGUUGGACUUCUACAACAUAUUGAUCAGUAUGGGGAGUCAUUAUCAGCACAAGUUGUUGAUGAGCAGGUUUACCCUCAUGUUGCUACUGGGUUCUCUGAUACAUCCGCUUUUCUGAGGGAACUUACUCUCAAGUCCAUGCUAAUUCUGGCUCCAAAGCUGUCUCAAAGGACCUUUUCGGGGUCAUUAUUAAAGCAUUUGUCAAGGUUACAGGUCGAUGAAGAACCAGCUAUACGAACAAAUACUACCAUCUUGUUGGGAAACAUUGCAAGCUACUUAAACGAAGGGACAAGAAAAAGAGUGUUGAUUAAUGCAUUUACAGUCCGUGCUUUACGUGAUACCUUCCCACCUGCUAGAGGAGCAGGCAUUAUGGCUUUAUGUGCUACCAGUUCCUACUAUGACAUCACUGAAAUUGCAACUCGGAUUCUUCCUAAUGUUGUUGUGCUCACAAUUGAUCCUGACAAUGAUGUGCGAUCUAAGGCAUUUCAAGCUGUUGAUCAAUUUUUGCAGAUGGCGAAGCAAUAUUAUGAAAAGACGAAUACAGCAGAGGAUACUGAGGGAGCUAGCAUGGGGAUCUCUUCAAUUCCUGGAAAUGCUGGUUUACUUGGAUGGGCUAUGAGUUCCUUGACUCUGAAGGGUAAACCUUCUGAUAAUGCUCCAGUCUCUUCUGUGAGUUCUACGGCACUUCCUCCGGCAUCUGCUAAUGCAGGCUCGGUUAUAGAUACUCCUCCAACAGCACCUCUUCGUGUAAGGUCUGCGCCAGAUUUUGCUGAGCAACCUGUCCCUACUUCCCCAACAUCAACAGACGGCUGGGGAGAAAUGGAGAAUGAACUCGACGAGGAGUGUGAAAAUGACAAGGAUGGGUGGGAUGAUCUGGAACCACUUGAAGAAAUCAAACCAACUCCAGCUCUUGCAAACAUUCAAGCAGCUCAAAGGCGGCCGGUUUCGCAACCUGUUUCACAGACAAAACAAGCCGCGAAUUUGCAAUCCAAAAGUACAUCAAAGUUGAAAAAGGAUGAAGAUGAUGAGUUGUGGGGUUCGAUAGCAGCUCCUGCUCCAAAAACAUCAAAAUCUUUUAAUUUGAGAUCAACUGUAACCGAUGAUGAUGAUGAUCCUUGGGCUGCCAUCGCUGCUCCUGCACCCACUACUAAGGCCAAACCCUUGUCUAGUGCCAGAGGGCGGAGUGCUAAACCUGCUGCUCCAAAGUUAGGUGCCCAGCGGCUAAACCGAACAUCGUCCGGCGUGUGAACAGAACAGCCUCUUGCCGGUGAUCAUGUUCAAAUUCAGGAUCCCAUCCAGUACAUCAAUUAUUUCUCAUUUUAUUUCAAGGGCCGCAAUAGUUGAAUUAUUCUAAGUCAACUAGGCUAUUGUAUUUACUACAAUAUUUUGAGGGCAUGCUUUCUUUUUUGUUUGUUUUUUUUUUUCUUUAGGGGGGCUGUCCAUCGAAUAACAUAAACAUUUUACAUGCAAUGUAAAUUACUUUAUUUAUAUUAUUAUAGGAAAGUUUUCGGUGGAAUUAUUUAGUUAAA